AUGAUGAAGCGGGUCAUCUGGCUGAUAUCAGGAUUAACGCUAAACAGAAGGAUGAUGAAGCUACUUUUUGCCCUCGCUCUGAUCGCCUACAUUGCCUCUGUCUGGGGAACAUUUACAAACAUGAGAUCAAUACAAGAACACGGAGAUAUUAGGAUUGAGCAGAGAAUUGAUGAAGCUGUGGCUCCUCUCAGAGAGAAGAUUCGUGAUCUGGAACAAAGUUUUUCUCAGAAAUACCCGCCUGUGAAAUUUCUGUCAGAAAAGGAUCGGAAGAGAAUUUUGAUUACUGGCGGGGCUGGUUUUGUGGGUUCUCACCUGACUGAUAAGCUGAUGAUGGAUGGCCAUGAGGUGACUGUAGUGGACAACUUCUUCACAGGAAGGAAAAGGAAUGUGGAACACUGGAUUGGCCACGAAAACUUUGAGCUUAUCAAUCAUGAUGUGGUGGAGCCUCUCUAUAUUGAGGUGGACCAGAUCUAUCACCUGGCAUCUCCUGCAUCUCCUCCCAACUACAUGUACAAUCCCAUCAAAACACUGAAGACCAACACUAUUGGCACCCUCAACAUGCUUGGUCUGGCCAAACGUGUGGGCGCCAGACUUCUUCUGGCUUCUACUUCUGAGGUUUAUGGAGAUCCAGAGGUCCACCCACAAAACGAGGAGUACUGGGGGCAUGUGAACCCAAUCGGUCCGCGAGCGUGCUACGACGAGGGGAAACGUGUUGCGGAGACCAUGUGUUACGCAUACAUGAAACAGGAAGGGGUUGAAGUUAGGGUGGCGAGGAUCUUCAACACAUUCGGCUCUCGAAUGCACAUGAAUGAUGGACGUGUUGUCAGCAACUUCAUCCUGCAGGCUCUACAGGGAGAACCUCUCACAGUGUAUGGUACUGGUUCCCAAACAAGAGCCUUUCAGUAUGUAAGCGACCUGGUGAACGGCCUGGUGUUGUUGAUGAACAGUAACAUCAGCAGUCCAGUCAAUCUGGGGAACCCAGAGGAACACACCAUAUUGGAGUUUGCUCGUCUCAUCAAAAGCCUCGUCGUGAGCCGUAGUCAGAUCCAGUUCCUUCCAGAAGCCCAGGACGACCCACAGAGGAGACGGCCUGACAUCCGGAAAGCCAAGAUGAUGCUCGGCUGGGAGCCGGUGGUGCCCCUGGAGGAAGGCUUGAACAAAACCAUCCAGUAUUUCAGUAGGGAACUGGAACACCAGGCCAACAACCAAUACAUCCCCAAACCUAAAGCCGCACGCAUGAAGAAAGGACGACCCAGACACAACUGAAGUCUGGUGUCCCGCCACAGACUCUCCUGAAACACAGAAGGAUGAUCAGACUCCUCGGAGGACCCUCAGAAGACUUCCUCUCUCUGAAAUACAGUGUUGAGUGAGAAGCUCUGAGAAUUGGUGUCUUUUCUGAGACGCAGAGACAACUUUCUCUUAAAAGUCUCUUAAAAAAAAGACAAUGUUGCCUUGCGUCAGAGCUGCAGAUGCACUGUGGGAUAAGGUCUUCCUUACCGGUACUUGUGUGUUGGGUGGACAAGAAUCAAAAACAGUUUUUUGGGCAAGAAAUCUGAAACCCAGCCUGCCUUCUUUUGUGAAUUUGUGCUUUUUGCUAUUUAAAAUUACCGACUCAAGAAUCUUGCAAACAGCUUGUACUGUGCAUCAGUGCUUCAUGUUUAUUUUAUCAGUUUUAUGUUGUUUUUCCUCCGGAGGUGAGCUACCUGACUUUGUUUUUCCACUGGAUUGUUUGUCCUCUUACCAGCGGUGUGCACCCUGUUGGCUGAUCAUGCAGCGCACCACAGGACCCUGCAAAUCUCCCAGACAGACUGUUAAGCAUCACUCCGUGUUUAUCAGAACAUCAGUGUGUUCUACUUGGUGAAAUCUCAUGUCAGGAUGUGCAUUAUCGAUUUCAGAUGAAGAUGUUAUUUUAAUAAAAUAUUUCAAAUA